AGAAGUUAAAACAACUUCGAAGAAAUUGGUGAAGACAUUUUUCCAAUUUGCUUGCUUCACUCUUCUUGGAUUUGACGAAACAGUCCCCGAUCCUACUUCCCUUUACCGUGUAAAAUCACGUAAUUAAAUCGGAAGUAUAGGGGUAUUUCCGCCACGCGGUACCAGGCAGCGAGCGCGCGAUUCGGAUAUAAAUCUUGGUGUGCUGAGACGGAGGAAGCAGAAAAUACGAGAGGCGGAGAAAAAUGAAGGAGUGCGAGCUUUGCGGAGUUCGGGCGCGGGUUCACUGCGAGGCGGACCAGGCGAGGCUGUGCUGGGACUGCGACGGGAAGAUUCACGGAGCUAACUUUCUGGUGGCGAAGCAUCCAAGGAGCCUCCUCUGCCACGGAUGCCAGUCGCUGACGCCGUGGACGGGGUCGGGUUCCAAGCUCACGCCGACGGUCUCUGUCUGCGAGACAUGCGUGGAACGCCGCGGGAGUAAGUUCGAGCGGCGGGCGGAGGUUCAAGAAAGCGAAGCGGAGAAUGACGGCGAUGAUGAUGACGAGGAGAGAGAGGUGGAGGAUGGCGAUGAUGAUUGUGACGAGAGUGAUGACGAUGCGAAUCAGGUGGUUCCGUGGUCGUGUUGUUCGUAUACGGCGGCGGAGCCUCCGCCGGUGGCUGGUUGUUCCAGCAGUAAGGAAGAGGAAGAGGAAUAUUCGGUGUCGAAGCGAAUGCGGGGAAAUGCGGACGAGGCUUCUGAUCUGCGAUGCGAGACGCCGUUGCCGUGUUCGUUAAGGAUGUUGAAGCGACAGAGACUGAGCGAAUAGAACCGUUUAUUGAGUCAGAGAUCAACGGUGAUGGUGAGCAGGUGAUCAAGGUAAUCAACGAAGAUAUGAUCGUGCGUCCGCAAGAGAUGAUGAGAACCGUUAAUCUUAAUUAUGUUUAUUUAACGAUUUGUUAGUUUCUAACAAUACAUUAGAGGUGUAGUAGCUAAUUGUUGAAUGCUGUCGCAGGUCCAUGACCACGUGGUAUAGAAUCUAUCCCCCCCUUGCCCCCCGCCCCCCUUCAUUGGAUCCAAUUUAAUAUAUGUUAGAGUAAUGUAAUGACAUUCCUUAAUUUUGUAUUUUGGUGUGUGUGGGAAUUUGAAGUAUGACUUAGAUUUAUAGUUUUAAGGGUAACGUUAGAGAGAUCAAAAUUUGUAAAUCAAAUGUCGUGCUUGUAGAUGAUUGAAUUAUUAAUUAAGUGUUGAUUAACGUAUUUGUUUCU